AUGAUUUCGGAUUUGAUGUCGACCCGCUCCCGCUGCCACCGCGGUUUGGAGUACCUGGUGCCUGUCUUGGAUUCGGGUCUGAAGGGCUCGGAGACCCGAAACGUCGAAACGGACGCGCAGGGUCAACCGCCCCAGGUGAAGGCGCUCCUGCUGUCAGCCUGUCUUUUUUCGACGAUCACCUCUUUCCAGGUUUGGGCGGCGUAUCUCGCAAAGUCUCGCGCUUUGCUGAUGGAUUGCACCAUGGCAGCUAUGGCCCAGGUGGUGGGUGGUUGCGCCAUCUGGGAAGGUAUCUCAAGUGCAGUGGAUGCUUUGACCUUUAUUGGAAACGUCGCAGUGGAAUGUCGAAAGCGCGACGGCCGGCGGCACCCCUGUUCUCAGCUGAUGGUGGUGGCCACUUCUUUGGGGCUCCUGACGUUCUUCACCAUCCGAGCCCUGGGGGAAAGUUAUGGCAAGGUGCUGGUCUGCCAAGAACACGGAAGAAACUCUGAGGGCGAUGACGACGAUGUGAAUGGCUGGAUUACCUUGGGUUUUGCUCUGGGAAACAUGCUCUUCGAUAUCAUUUGCUUGGUGAACUUCUUGAAGAGCCACAAGCAGACAGGCAGUGGAAAGCAUGCGAAUAUGUUCUCCGCCUUCCUCCAUGUGGGUGCUGACUUCCUCAGGGCCUUCACUGCGCUGGUCUUGUCGUUGCUGAUCUUGAUUUGCACCUCAUGGGACUCCACCUGCUUGGAUGCCUAUUGCAGUUUAGUGAUUGGAGUGACCAUCUUGUGUGGCGUUCUUGUGGGCCUCCAAAAGUGGAUCUGCUUGCUGCUCUCCUUGCUGUUUGCCGAUGCCAUCUUUUGCUUCGGCUCAGCUGCUGUGAACGCCCUCAUCGAGUUCUUUCGGGCCCGCGACUUCAAUCAGGUUGGCUUGGCCGCCCUGUCCGGGAUGGGUGUGGUGGUGCUGCUGUUCUUCACCUUCAAAGUGAACCUUUUGGCCACCUUCCACGGAAACUUCUUCGUGACUCCCUUUGCGCAGUGCAUGGGUAGAGGUGUGAUUCUCACUGCCUCCUUGGUCGGCGCCAUCUUGUCGCACUUGAUGUCCCAAGGAUGCACAGGAUUUAUUGGGGCAGGAGCCAACAUUGGCUUUCUCACAGGCAACCUCAUCUUGAGUUGUUUGACUGGACAAUGGAAGCACAGCUUGGGCAACAUCGCAAUGAUUGGAGCUAUGACUCUCACCAUUUGGUUCAGCCCGAUCCUUUGGAGGCAGCAGUUCUUGAUGAUGUGUGGCGGCCUAGGCCUUUUGAUGCUACCGCAGCGUGGUGUUAUGAGGGUGGCCUUCUCGUUUCUUCUGCUGAUCGUUUCCAUGGCUGGCCUUGAGUUGGUGUAUGCCUUCUACCGGGGCAAUGAGUUGGCCUAUUGGGAAGCCUUUUGCCAAGCCAAUGGACUAUGGAAGAAUAGCGCCAAGUUGGCACAGAAGACACAGAAGUUGGUGCACUUCCGGGAAGCGCCCGGAAAGUCCGGGUAGCCGCCCUGGGGCGACGGGUUGCAUGUGAACAUCAUGUGGGCUUGUUUGAAAAUGUGGGGGAAACCAUGCGAUGAAUCACUGUAGAUGUUGGAUGAUGCGGGUAGGCUGAACGCGUACAGCCCAAGCAGCGGUGCAUGACUGUGACAGAAGCCGUCGUAGCUUUUGGAU